UUCACUACUGACAGUUAGUAACCAACUGACCCAAUGACGAAACCCCCAACCAACAGUGGCGUUGUGUGGUGGCCGGCCCUCGUCGCCGCCGCCGUCAAACUCCUCCUCAUCCCGGCCUACCACAGCACCGAUUUCGAGGUCCACCGCCACUGGCUCGCCCUCACGCAUUCCCUCCCCCUCUCCCGCUGGUACUCCGACACCACCAGCCAAUGGACCCUCGAUUACCCCCCUUUCUUCGCCUACUUCGAGAAAUUCCUCUCCAUCUUCGCCGCCAGAGUCGAUCCGACCAUCACCGACCUCCACCGCGGCCUCAAUUACGCCUCCUCCUCGGUGAUCCUCUUCCAGCGCUUCUCUGUCGUGCUCUCCGAUCUCGUUCUCGUCUACUCCGCCCACAGAUUGACUAGGAGCAGGAAUUUUAGGGCUUUAGAGAGGCUUUUGAUCUCGGCGUUGGUUAUUUGGUCGCCGGGGUUGUUGAUCGUGGAUCAUAUGCAUUUUCAGUACAAUGGAUUUCUGUUGGGGAUAUUGCUGCUAUCUAUUUCGUUUAUGGAGGAAGGGAGGGAUUUGAUUGGGGGUUUCAUUUUCGCGGUUUUGCUAUGUUUUAAGCAUUUGUUCGCGGUGGCUGCGCCGGUGUAUUUUGUGUAUUUGUUUAGGCAUUAUUGUAGGGGUGGAUUGGUCAAGGGAUUUGGGAGGUUGGUGCUUAUGGGUUCCGCAGUCGUGGCGGUCUUUGCCGCAGCCUAUGGGCCGUUUUGGUACUAUGGACAGAUACAAGAAGUUCUCCAACGCAUGUUUCCUUUUGGCAGGGGACUCUGCCAUGCUUACUGGGCUCCAAACUUCUGGGUAUUCUAUAUAAUGUUGGAUAAGGCUUUAGGAUUUUUGUUUACACGACUAGGUUUCAGUAUCAAAGCCCCUACAGCCUCAUUCACUGGUGGCCUUGUUGGAGAUUCCUCGCCUUUCUCCGUUCUACCCACGAUCACCCCUCUUAUUACGUUCAUCACAGUUCUCUUGGCAAUCUCUCCAUGUCUGAUAAAGGCAUGGAGGAAUCCCCAACCAAGGAUGAUAUCUAGGUGGGUAUCAUACGCUUAUACAUGUGGCUUCCUGUUUGGGUGGCAUGUCCAUGAAAAGGCGUCACUUCACUUUGUGAUUCCACUUGCUUUGACAUCCUUGAAAAGUGUGGAAGAUGCCAAGCAUUACUUCUUUUUAUCCAUAGUAUCCUGCUACUCGCUGUUCCCUCUUCUGUUUGAAGCACAAGAAUAUCCAAUUAAAGUCGUGUUGCUGCUUCUACAUGGUGUACUAAUGCUGUAUGGAUUUUCUGCGCGUUUUCCCGAGACAAGCGCCAUGAGAGACCCUGCUGUGAAGGGAGGUGAUAACAAAUCGGAAACUAAUGCUUUCCGUAUUGGGUGGUUCGGAAAAUCUUACCUGAUCGGCUUAGUAGCGGUGGAGGUAUGGGGACAAUUUCUGCAUCCCAUCAUUUUUGGUGAUGCCCUUCCUUUUCUACCUCUUAUGAUGAUUUCCAUAUACUGCGCACUUGGGAUGUUGUACUCUUGGAUUUGGCAACUAACACAGAUUGUUUUGACCAAUUAGAAACAAUUAAUCACAGUUAGGAUUUAAUUACGAUGGAUUCACCGUACAUCCGGGUGCACCCGAAGUGCGACUGGCCGUGAUCAUCUCAAGCCUCAUAACUAACAAAUGACUAAGAUUAUGUUGUUGUAGUCUUGUAUUUUUAUCAGCUCACUACCAACUUUACAUUUCAAUGAACCUCAAUUUUUGAUAUACA